UUGAGAAAUAUUUUCACUUUUAUGGUGCAGAAAAAAAAAAAAUUUUUGAUUAUAUUAAAUUUUUACAAUAAAUGAUAAGGUAUAAACUUAUUGUGGCGAUCUUUUUCAUUAUUGUUUCUACAUUUCAUAAAAUUUAUUAAAUGAAAUGAGUGAAAACAUUGAAAAUGUGAAGAUUUUAAUUGUUGGGGCCGGAAUGGCUGGAUUAAGUGCGGCUAACCAUUUAUUGCAAAAUGGAUGUGAUAAUUUUAAAAUUAUUGAAGCUAGAAAUAGAAUAGGUGGAAGAAUUAUCUCUAUUCCAAUAGAUCAACAUAAGAUUGAAUUGGGUGCUAAUUGGAUACAUGGUGUUUUGGGAAAUCCAAUAUUUGAAUUAGCAAUAAAACAUGGUUUAGUUAAUAUAAUAAACGUACCGAAACCUCAUCAUAUAGUCGCCACAACUGAAAGUGGAAAACAAGUUCCUUUUGAAAUUCUUCAGGAAAUAUAUGAAGCUUAUGUAUGCUUUUUACGACGUUGUGAUGAAUAUUUCUUGUGUCAGUAUAGUCCACCGCCUGAUAUUAAUAGUGUUGGGGAGCAUAUUAAUUAUGAAAUUGAAAUCUAUUUAAGUUCAAUUGAAGACUUUAAAGAGCGACAUAUAAAAAAAAUGAUUUUUAAUUGUUUAUUGAAACGAGAAACAUGUAUAACCGGUUGUCAUAAUAUGAAUGAAAUUGAUUUACUGGAAUUAGGUAGUUAUACAGAACUUCAGGGUGGCAAUAUAGUUCUUCAAGACGGAUACAGUUCAAUAUUGGAACCAAUGCAUAAAGAAUUACCUCCGGAAUCAAUUAUUAAAAAUUGUCCGGUUAAAAAAAUAUUUUGGAAACGUAAAAAAACCCAUAGCGGCUUAGAAACUGUUGAUGAAAAUUCUGAAAAUGAGUCUGAUGAUUCUGAUAAAACAGUAACUGAAUUUCCUAUUGGUGGAAAUAAUAAUAGUUCAAAUACUAAUAGCAAACCUUCGUCAUUUGAAAGUGGAGAAAAUGAAAAUUUGGUUAAAGUUCUUUGCGAGGAUGGACGCCAAUUUAAUGCUGAACAUGUGAUAUGUACAUUGCCUUUAGGUGUUCUCAAAGCAAACUCCUCGAAUAUAUUUGAUCCAGUAUUGCCCCAUCAUAAAUUAGAAUCCAUAAAGAAUUUAAUGUUUGGUACUGUAGAUAAAAUAUUUUUAGAAUACGAAAGACCAUUUUUAAACGCAGAAAUAACAGAAGUUAUGCUACUGUGGGAUGAUGAAGAUACGUUGAGUUCUUGUGCAGACAAAUGUUCAAAUGAAUAUUUAGCUAAAAAUUGGUUUAAAAAAAUAUAUUCAUUUGCUAAGAUAACUGAAACACUAUUACUAGGUUGGAUAUCUGGUAAGGAGGCUGAAUAUAUGGAAACAUUACCAAAUGAAACUGUAACUGAAAAAUGUACAGAAAUUUUGAGAAACUUUUUAAAAGACCCUUUUGUUCCAAAACCUAAACGUUGUGUUUGUACAAACUGGAAAACUCAGCCCUAUACGGUAGGUUCUUAUACUUCUAUACCGGUAGGUGCAACACAAGAAGAUAUUGAAAAUUUAGCUCAACCAUUAUAUUCAAGUCCUCUUCAAUCGAAGCCUUCAAUACUGUUUGCCGGAGAACACACCCAUUCCAAUUUUUAUUCCACCGUACAUGGUGCUUAUUUAAGCGGGCGUAGCGCAGCACAAAUUUUACUAACAAAUGAAGAACCAGAAGAAAUUAUUUUAGAAUCAGAUAGCAGUGAUUUAAGCUCUUGGAUUCAAGGAAUCGCAUUAGACUAAAAUGAAUUUUAUUCAUAUUUUAGAUUUUAUUAAUUAUAAGUUUAUUUUGUGCAUUACAGAACACUAAUUUUUUUUUAAUUAAAAAUAUUUACUCUUUUUUUUUAUUUAUUUUACUUUUUUUCAUAAAUUUCACAUAGUUCUUUAUGUAUAUGAGAUUAAAAUGCAAUUCAUUUUUUUUUUUAAUUAAUUUUUUUGGUGUUUGAUUAGCCAGUACGUUAUUUAUUUUUAAGAAUUGAUAUAAAAAUUGCGAUUAAUAUUAAAGUUUUAAAAUUUAAGAUUUUUUGUUUUUCUUUCACUUAUAUAAAUACUGAUUUUUUUUAACGGCUAUGAUUAGUAAAUUCUUGGUCUGAUAACAAUUUUAAAUAUUAUUAUUAAAAUUAUUCGUAAAAUGAUUUAAUAAGGUACAAAAUAAUUAUAAAGUUUACUAUUUCAAAAAAAUAAUUCGCAUUUUUUUUUUUAAUUAACAUAUGUAUGUAAUUGUGAAUACAAAAUUAUUAAACUUAAAAUUAAUAUUUGGAUUUCUAGAAACCUUGGAAGGUAAUAUUGUAAAAUUAUAAGGUUUAUGUUUUAAAUUGUAUAAAUGUUAAAAAUUGUGUAUAAAAUUUCAAAUAAGUUAAACGACGUGUAUAAAUCGAAAAUUUAAUUAACAGAUCAAAUUAAAACUUUAAAAUAAAAUGCAAUUUAUAAUUAUUUUAAUAUUAGUUGUAGUAAAUUUUUGGACAAGUUUGCAUAUUGUAGUAUUCUUUCAGCAAUAAAUUUUAUUUCAUUUAAAAAUAAUUUCUGAAAACGGUUAAUGAAAGUUCUUGUUUUUCUUUGUAAGAAUAUAUUUGAAGUAAUAUAUUUUAUUCAGAAAUUGUGAUUUAAAAUAUUACAAACAUUACACUUGUGUAAAUUCCAGUAUCAUUUGUACUUCACAAAACCUAAAAACUAAAGCAAACUUUUGAAAAGUCCAAGAGGAUUUACAUAUUAUGUCCAAAAUAAUCACCACAAUUUUAAACCUUAAUCGCAUUUUUUUUAUUUGUUUUAGUCAAUGAGUGAAUAUUUUUAAAAUAUUGUUUUUAAAAUAUUAAUAGAAAUUAGCACAAUACUAAAAGUAUUUCUUUUAUAAUAUUAAUUUUUAAAGUUUAUAAAAUAAGAAUUAAUUUUAAAUUUUCAUUGUUUUUUUUUUUUAAUAAUUAUAUAUCAUGUUUCAUUAGUGACAAAUUUCAUUAUAAUAUUUAAUAGAAUCAUUUUAAUAAAUUUUUUAUUAUUACAUAUGCAAAAAAAAUAAAUACAUAAUUUACAAAUUUACAAAUUACA